UCGACUUUGUAAUUAUCUUUCUGUUCUGAUGCUGCAUCAAACCCUGAAGCUGUCUUUUAAAAAGUGGAAGAGGAAUCUGCUUUCCUGUGAGCUACAGCUGAGAUCAUUCAAGGAGACGUUGGACAUUUUCUAAAAUCUUUAUCAUUUUCUCUGUAAAGGAUGGGGGGCAGAGUGGACCCUGACUCUUAUUCUACAGUCACUAUCACCAAAGACAAACCUGCUCCUCAAAGAGACGAGAGUCGGCUGAUUCCUAUCUGGACGUUUAUUCGGGAACAUCAGAGUUCAGGUGAAGAAGAAGAAGAGAAACCAACAGCUCUCACUAGGUCUCGUCUGUAUUUGGUGGGUUUGGGGAUUUUUGUUGCCCUGGUAGCUGGAACACUCAUCUACAUGAGUGUGAGGACGGUCACUGUGCUGGAAAAUAUCAGUGACCUUACAAUAAAAAAAAAGCAGCUGCUUGUGGAAACUAAGAUAAUGGAGGGACAGAUCAACGCACUCAACCUAGAGAUCAACAAACAUCCAGAGUGUGGGCCGUGCCCGGAUCACUGGAUUCACUCCAGGCAAAAAUGCUACCUGUUUUAUGAUGAACCAGCUCCUUGGAAGACCUGGGAACAAAGUCAAAGUUUCUGUCAGGACAGACUGGCAAGUUUGGUUGUAAUUGGUGAUCUGGAGGAGCAGAAAUUUGUCAGCAAACACAUCAAGUACUACCAUAGUGAACACCAUGGAUACUGGAUUGGACUACAAAAUGUUAACAACACCUGGACCUGGCUUAAUGGACGUGCAGAUACUCUUGGGUUCUGGAUGAAGCAGACGGUCACCACUCCGGCACCAAAAGCUCUGGUGGUUCCAAGACAAAAUCCCUCAGAGAGCUGGAAGAAAGCAGAUAAUGUGUUUCUGAACAAAUUCAUCUGUGAGCGUUACUCUCUCGAGGUUUCAUCUAUCUAACUGCUCUCUUAAAGAUUCAUGCAGGAAUAU